AUGAAAAUUUCCGAUAAGCGUAAGUUUGAAAAAGCAAACUUUGAGGAGUUUGAGUCCGCUCUAAAUAACAAAAACGACUUGGUACAUUGUCACUCAAUAACUUUAUUUGAAUCGAUCCGCACGGAAGUGCGAUCAUUCUACGAAGACGAAAAGUCUAGCCUAAUCAAGGUGGUAAAAUACAGAACCGAUGCAAUGGAUAGGAAAAGAUCUUUUGAAAAAAUUGUCAUUCCCGUCAUGGUUAAAAAAAAUGUACAAAAGUUUCUGACGUUUGUUGAAGACGAACCAGAUUUCCAGAGCGGACCCAUCCCUUCAAAGUAUCUUAUUCCCAAGAAAAUCAACUUGAUGGUCUACACGUUGUUUCAAGUACAUACUUUGAAAUUUAAUAGGAAAGAUUACGAUAUCCUUUCUCUUUUUUACCUCAACAGAGGAUACUAUAGUGAGUUGAGUUUUCGUGUCCUGGAACGUUGUUACGAAACUGCGAGUUCCAGGCCGAACGACAGCUCUACGAUGCGUACUUUCACCAACUUUGUUUCUGGCACGCCUAUUGUAAGGAGUCUUCAGAAAAGCACCAUAAGGAAAUAUGGAUACAAUUUGGCACCCUACAUGUUUUUGUUACUACACGUAAAUGAGCUUUCGAUUUUUUCCGCAUAUCAAGCAAGUUUACCUGGCGGUAAGAAAGUCGACACAGAGCGGCUGAAACGUGAUCUAUGCCCACGUAAACCCACUGAGAUAAAGUACUUUUCACAGAUAUGUAACGAUAUGAUGAACAAAAAAGACGGAUUGGGUGAUAUUUUGCAUAUUAUCUUGCGAGCAUGUGCGCUUAAUUUUGGGGCGGGACCCCGUGGUGGUGCUGGUGAGGAAGAAGAUCUAUCUGUUGCGAAUGAACAAUCCGUUAUUCCCUCUGUGGACGAACAUGGCUUAAAAGUAUGCAAGUUGCGCAGUCCUAACACUCCACGAAGGCUCAGAAAAACACUAGAUGCCGUGAAAGCUUUAUUGGUGUCUUCUUGUGCUUGCACCGCAAAGGAUUUAGAUAUAUUUGAUGACAACAACGGCGUUGCGAUGUGGAAAUGGAUCAAAAUUCUGUACCACGAAGUAGCACAGGAAACCGCGCUGAAGGACUCUUAUAGAAUAACUUUGGUACCUUCUUCUGAUGGUAUAUCAGUAUGUGGAAAACUGUUUAAUCGCGAGUAUGUCCGCAGCUUUUACUUUGCAUGCAAGGCUCAGUUUGACAACCUUUGGGAAGAGUUGAACAAUUGCUUUUAUAUGCCUACAGUGGUUGAUAUUGCCAGUCUCAUUUUGCGUAAUCGAGACGUGUUGUUCAGAGAGCCAAAGCGAGGAAUUGACGAGUAUCUGGAAAACGAUUCUUUUCUUCAAAUGAUACCUGUUAAAUAUCGUGAAAUUGUGCUGCCAAAGUUGAGAAGAGAUACUAACAAAAUGACCGCGGCUCUUAAAAAUAAAGUGGCUGUUGCAAUUGACGAGCUUACGGUGCCACUUAUGUGGAUGAUCCAUUUUGCCGUAGGAUACCCUUACCGGUAUCCAGAGCUUCAGCUACUCGCUUUUGCCGGUCCUCAGCGCAACGUAUACGUCGACGAUAUAACAAGGCGCAUCCAACUAUACACUGAUUAUAACAAGAACGGUUCAUCGGAGCCUCGACUAAAGACACUUGACGGACUCACUUCAGAUUACUUGUUUUACUUUGUCACUGUGCUAAGGCAAAUGCAGAUAUGUGCGCUUGGUAACAGUUAUGACGCCUUUAAACACGAUCCUUGGAUGGAUGUCGUGGGGUUUGAGGAUCCAAAUCAAGUAACAAAUCGAGAUACUUCGAGGAUAGUUUUGUAUUCCUACAUGUUUCUGAAUACCGCUAAGGGCUGUCUCGUUGAAUAUGCAACUUUUCGACAGUACAUGAGGGAACUUCCGAAGAAUGCACCUCAGAAGCUGAAUUUUCGGGAGAUGCGCCAGGGGUUGAUUGCCCUAGGGCGGCACUGCGUAGGUAGCAGAUUUGAAACAGAUUUGUACGAGUCGGCGACGAGUGAACUCAUGGCCAACCAUUCCGUUCAAACAGGGCGAAACAUUUACGGUGUGGAUUCCUUUUCGUUAACCAGUGUCAGUGGAACGACCGCCACUUUAUUGCAGGAGCGAGCUUCCGAGCGCUGGAUUCAAUGGUUAGGCCUUGAAAGAGACUACCAUUGUUCCUUCUCCAGUACUCGGAAUGCGAGAGAUGUAGUAGCAGCAGUAGCAGGCGAAGCGAGUUCAGAUCAUCAUCAAAAUUUUUUGAGUGCAACGCGAAAAAGGCCCCGAGAGCCCAAGAGCACAAACGAUAUCCUCGUCGCAGGUCGGAAACUUUUUGGCAGAUCCUUUGAAUUCAGGGACUUGCAUCAGUUGCGCUUAUGUUAUGAAAUAUACAUGGCAGACACACCCUCUGUGGCAGUACAAGCCUCACCGGGCUAUGGUAAGACGGAGUUGUUUCAUCUUCCCUUAAUAGCACUCGCGUCCAAGAGCGACGUGAAACAUGUGUCGUUUCUGUUUGUACCGUACACAGUGUUGCUUGCUAAUUGCAUGAUCAGGUUGCGCCGAGGCGGUUGCUUGAAUGUGGCCACUGUAAGAAACUUUAUUGAAGAGGGUUACGAUGGUGUUACUGAUUUAUACGUGGGGAUCUACGAUGACCUUGCUAGCGCCAACUUCACAGACAGGAUAGCUGGGUGGGAUAAUAUUGUUGAGUGCACCUUUAGGACCAACAAUGUAAAGUUGGGUUACCUCAUUGUAGAUGAGUUUCACAACUUGGAAACGGAGGUCUACCGGCAGCCGCAAUUUGGGGGCAUAAGGAACCUCGAUUUUGACGCUUUCGAGAAAGCAAUCUUUUUGAGCGGCACAGCACCUGAGGCUGUAGCUGAUGCUGCGUUGCAGCGCAUAGGGCUUACGGGACUGAGCAAGAAAUCGAUGGACAUCAACGAGCUCAAACGGUCGGAAGACCUCAGCAGGGGUUUAUCCAGCUAUCCCACACAGAUGUUCAAUCUGAUUAAGGAGAAAUCUGAGGUGCCUUUAGGGCAUGUGCAUAAAAUUUGGAAAAAAGUGGAAUCACCUCCCGAAGAAGCACUGAAGCUUCUUUUAGCCCUGUUUGAAACUGAACCAGAGUCGAAGGCCAUUGUAAUUGCUAGCACAACCAAACAAGUGGAAGAACUGGCCUGCUCUUGGAGGGAGUAUUUCAAGGUGGUAUGGAUACACGGGAAGCUGGGUGCUGCGGAAAAGGUGUCUCGCACGGAGGAGUUUGUCACUGACGGUGGCAUGCGAGUUCUCAUCGGAACAAAAUUAGUGACUGAAGGAAUUGACAUUAAGGAAUUGAUGAUGGUGAUCACGCUUGAUAAUAGACUUAAUAUUAUUGAGCUCAUUCAAGGCGUGGGAAGACUAAGAGAAGGAGGCCUCUGUUAUCUAUUAUCUAGAAAAAACAGUUGGGCGGCAAGGAAUCGUAGGGGUGAAUUAUCACCAAUUAAGGAAGGCUGUAUAACCGAACAGGUACGCGAGUUUUAUGGACUUGAAUCAAAGAAAGGAAAAAAGGGCCAGCAUGUUGGAUGCUGUGGCUCCAGGACGGACCUGUCGGCAGACACAGUGGAACUGAUAAAGAGAAUGGACAGAUUGGCUGAAAAUCAGGCCACAGCCUCCAUGUCGGUUGCUGCGUUACCGUCUAGUUCACAAGAGAGAAGUAGUAGUGACAGGUACAGAGAUUAUUGCAGCAGCGAUGAGGACAGCAACGCGGGCAUUCAUGAUAGUACCAAUGCUAGUACCAAUGCUAGUACCAAUGCUAGUACUAAUGCUAGCACCAAUGCUAGCACUAACGCCAGUACUAAUGCUAGCACCAAUGCCAGUACUAAUGCUAGCACUAAUGCUAAUACUGCUGAUAGUACCAAUGCUAAUACUGAUGCUAAUACUGCUGAUAGUACCAAUGCUAGGACUAGUGCUGUUACCACCGCCAGCACCAACGUCAGGACUAGUGCUGUUACCACCGCCAGCACCAAUGCUAGGACUAGUGCUAAUACUGCUGAUAGUACCAAUGCUAGGACUAGUGCUGUUACCACCGCCAGCACCAAUGCUAGGACUAGUGCUGUUACCACCGCCAGCACCAAUGCUAGGACUAGUGCUGUUACCACCGCCAGCACCAAUGCUAGGACUAGUGCUGUUACCACCGCCAGCACCAAUGCUAGGACUAGUGCUAAUACUGCUGAUAGUACCAAUGCUAGGACUAGUGCUGUUACCACCGCCAGCACCAAUGCUAGGACUAGUGCUGUUACCACCGCCAGCACCAAUGCUAGGACUAGUGCUGUUACCACCGCCAGCACCAAUGCUAGGACUAGUGCUGUUACCACCGCCAGCACCAACGCCAGGACUAGUGCUACUACCACCGCCAGUACCACUGCUAGCACCAACGAGGACUCCAAUACAGGUGGAAAUGCUGAGAGUAAUAGAUUCCAUCCAGCCACUGACAUUGAUAAAGAGCCAUAUAAGCGGAAAGGAAGUCAAAUGGUCUCGCUAGAGAGAAAGAAACUGAAAGCACAAUUUCCCAAUACUUCUGAGAAUAUGAAUGUAUUAGAGUUUCUUGGCUUUCGGUCCGAUGAAAUUAAACAUCUUUUCCUGUAUGGUAUCGAUAUAUACUUCUGCCCAGAGGGAGUAUUCACACAAUACGGAUUAUGCAAGGGCUGUCAAAAAAUGUUCGAGCUCUGCGUCUGCUGGGCUCGCCAGAAAGUAUCGUAUCGGAGGAUAGCUUGGGAAGCACUAGCUGUGGAGAGAAUGCUGCGAAACGACGAGGAAUACAAAGAAUACUUGGAAGAUAUUGAGCCAUAUCAUGGGGACCCUGUUGGAUAUUUGAGAUUUUUUACCGUAAAAAAGAGAGAGAUCUACUCUCAGAUACAAAAAAAAUAUGCUUGGUACCUGGCUAUUACUAGAAGAAGAGAAACAAUUAGUGUACUGGAUUCGACAAGAGGCAAGCAAGGGAGCCGAGUUUUCCGCAUGUCUGGAAGGCAAAUCAAAGAGUUGUAUUUCAAAGUAUGGAGCAACUUGCGUGAAUCAAAGACGGAGGUGCUGCAGUACUUUUUGAACUGGGACGAAAAAAAGUGCCAGGAAGAAUGGGAGGCAAAAGACGAUACGGUCGUUGUGGAGGCACUCGAGAAACUUGGAGUUUUUCAGCGUUUGCGUUCUAUGACAAGCGCUGGACUGCAGGGUCCGCAGUACGUCAAGCUGCAAUUUUGCAGGCAUCAUCAACAGCUGAGGAACAGGUAUGAAUUAAGUUUAGGAAUGCACUUGCGGGAACAGAUUGCGCUGGGAGUUAUCCCAUCUAAACCGCCGCAUUGGACGCCUUUCCUCUCGAUGCUGAUAGGCUUGUUCUACAAUAAAAUAUUUCGGCAGAAACUGGAGUAUCUUUUGGAGCAGAUCUCGGAGGUGUGGUUAUUACCACAUUGGCUUGAUUUGGCAAACGUCGAAGUUCUCGCUGCAGAUAACACGAAAGUACCACUGUACAUGCUGAUGGUAGCGGUUCACAAAGAGCUAGGUAGCGAUGAUGUUCCAGACGGUAAAAUUGAUAUAUUAUUAUGUAGAGAUUCGAGCAGAGAAGUUGGAGAGUGA